AUGACGGGCGAGGGCUUCUUUGCCUAUAACAGCCAGCUUGUGAGCUUCGUUGCUACUCUCAAUCCUUUGUUCAAUGCUGAGUACACCCCCGAGGACGCCUUCACCCUCUACCACCUGAUCCAGGAAGGGACGGUCACCAAGAAGGACUAUGGCGGGCCGGCUUUACCUGCGCUCGGCCAUGCGUUGGCGGGCGCCAUUGCGUCUGCGUUGUCGAAGAGCGUGGUCUACCCAAUCGAUGUGAUUGUUACGAGGCUGCAGGUUCAGAAGGGGUUGAAGGGUGAUAAAGAGGCGGAGCAUGCUGCGAGUGAUGCGGAUGCAGAGUAUAAAGAUCCGAUCGAUGCUGGCAGGAAGAUUUACAAGAAUGAAGGAGGGCUGCGUGCUUUCUACACAGGCCUGUCGUCUGAUGUGGUCAAGCACAUCGCUGACUCGUUCCUGUUCUUCCUGGCGUACACGGCUCUGCGAGAGCAGAUGCUCAAGAGGCAGGGAGGCAAGCAGCUGCCCGUGUUGAAGGAACUGAGCGUUGGCGUGCUUGCUGGUGCCUUCUCCAAGGCCAUUACCAUGCCAAUCUCCAACAUCGUCACCCGGCAGCAGACAGCAGCUCUCAUCGCAGCACGGGACCCAACUUCCUCGACCACGCCCGGCGAGAGUGACAACCUCAGUGUCAAGGACAUCGCCCUUCAGAUCCGUUCCGAGAAGGGCAUCCAAGGCUUUUGGGCCGGCUAUAGCGCCCAGCUGAUCUUGACAUUGAACCCAGCCAUCACGUUCGCGGUCGACAACUUACUCAGGAAUGUCACGCCAAAGAAAUAUAGAGAGAAUCCCUCUUUCGUGCAGACGUUCCUUGUGGCAGCCUUGUCCAAGGUCAUCGCCACAUCCAUCACCUACCCCGUCUCCCUCGCCAAAUCCCGCGCCCAAGCAUCCCAAGCCUCCCCUUCGAACUCCGAGUACGAAGAAGUCGACCCCUCUGAUCACAAGAUCGAUACCACCGCAACCGCCACCCAGCGUCGCGUCAAACAGACCAUUCGACAGGCUACGAAACUCCUCGAAGGCCAAGCCGCACUGCUGUACUCCCUCCGACGUAUCUACCGCCAGGAGGGCGCUCGAGGCCUCUACUCCGGUCUGGACGGCGAAGUCGUCAAAGGCUUCCUGCAACAUGGCUUGACCAUGGUCGUCAAGGAGAACGUGCAUGGAGGCGUCAUUCAACUCUACUACAUCCUGCUGAAGCUGACCAAGCGAUGGCCCGAGGAGUUGAAUGACGCGGCAAGGAAGGCCGAGGCAGUAGCUGUUAAUGCGGCAGAGGAGGCGAAGAAUUUGGGAAAGAAAGUCGUUGGGCAGUAG